AUGGCUUCUGAGUUCCAGACAGGAGGGGAGUGUCCGAACCAAUGUGUCCGUGGCACACAACGGCCAGACUGCAGUUGUCAUUGUCCACCCGGAUGGACAGGACUUGAAUGCAAUACCCCAAGUACCGGUGGAGACACGUGGAGGAUACCGGAAUUAGGAAUGUGCACCAAAACGUGCAUGAAUGGCGUCGUGAACCCUGCCACGUGCACCUGUCUCUGCUACCCCGGAUGGACCGGUCCCACGUGCUCUCAACUUUCUCGUGCUAAGCGUCAAGCCAACUGCGCAUGCCCAGGUAAUGGAUUCACACCCCAGGAGAAACAAGCUCUUGUGGACCGUCACAAUUUUCAUCGGGCGAAUGUGAACCCCAUGGCAUCAGAUAUGACACGCAUGGUAUGGGACGAUGAUUUAGCCAACUGCGACGCCCAGGCGUACGCCAACAGAUGCAUAUGGGCUCACGGCACCGUCGACCUCACCGGCUGCCCUUACGACUUCAGCACACCGCAGUACAGAGGUCAGAAUCUCUUUCCGUAUCCAGCUUUCACGGCCCAUAAACCGCACGAUAUUGCAAAAAUGGUCGUGGACAGCUUUUACGGGGAAGUCCAAUAUUAUGAAUACCUUUUAAACAAGUGUGCAACCGGGAAACAUUGUGGGCAGUAUAAACAGGUUGUAUGGGCCAUAAGUAACCGCCUUGGGUGUGGCAUUGCUUAUUGUUCCACGGGAUCGCCUUUUGAACAGAUCCCAAACUGGUGGAAUGUUGUCUGUCACUAUUUUCCUGUAGGUAACUACAUGUUUCAAAAACCGUACAUCAAUGGUGAUGGCUGCUCUCGGUGCCCCGAAGGAACCGGUGGAUGUACACCAGACAAAAAACUCUGCAUCACAGCAUACGAAUGUAAAAUUAACCCAUCAGCUUGUGGUGACCACGGAUGCAACAAACAAUGUGUGAACGGUUAUAUCAGCAGUGCCACGUGUAUGUGUAUGUGCCAUCUUGGUUGGACUGGACCUCUGUGUGACCAACCCAUCUGUGUCAAGCACUGCGGCGCAAACGCAAAUCUCAACACUGAAACCUGCAUGUGUAUCUGCAAGCAAGGUUGGACCGGGCCUUUGUGUGACCAGAAAGUAGACUGUACCAAAAACUGUGGCGCGAAUGGCAACCUCAAUACCCAAACUUGUACUUGUAUCUGCAACCAGGGUUGGACUGGACCUUUGUGUGACCAACAGACCUGCACCAAAAACUGCGGUGCGAACGGAAACCUUAACACUCAAACUUGUACGUGUAUCUGCAACCAGGGUUGGACUGGACCUUUGUGUGAACAGCAGGUCUGUACCAAAAACUGUGGCGCGAACGGAUAUCUCAAUUCUCAAACUUGUACGUGUAUCUGCAACCAGGGUUGGACUGGGACUUUGUGUGACCAGCAGAUUUGUACCAAAAACUGCGGUGCGAACGGAAACCUCAACACUCAAACUUGUACGUGUAUCUGCAACCAGGGUUGGACUGGGACUUUGUGUGACCAACGGGUGUGUAACAAGCAGUGCGUGUAUGGCACCUUGGAUAGCCAGUCUUGUACUUGCAACUGCUUCCCGAGGUGGGGAGGAGCUCUUUGCGACCAAUACUUAGGGGGUGGAUGCAGCAAACGAUGCAUACACGGCUACCUGGACUAUCCACGGUGUACUUGUGUAUGUCAACCCGGCUGGACAGGACCGACCUGUAAUAAAAGGGAGUGUCCCAACAAUUGUGUCCGUGGCACACAACGUCCAGACUGCAGUUGUCAAUGUCCACCCGGAUGGACAGGACUUGAUUGCAAUACCCCAAGUACCGUGUGUCAGAAGAACUGCGGUCCACAUGGAACCUUGCACGUACCAAGCUGCACGUGUCGCUGCGAGCCUGGUUGGACUGGAACGCUCUGUACUAAACGACUGUGCACCAAAACGUGUAUGAAUGGGGUCGUGAACCCUGCCACGUGCACCUGUCUCUGCUACCCCGGAUGGACCGGUCCCACGUGCUCGCAACGUGAGUGA